AUGGCUUUGCCUACGCGCACCUACGACGGCGACGGCUACAAGAAGCGGGCGGCCUGUCUGUGCUUCCGCAGCGAGAGCGAGGAGGAGGUGCUGCUCGUCAGCAGCAGUCGGCAUCCCGACCGAUGGAUUGUCCCCGGAGGCGGCAUGGAGCCCGAGGAGGAGCCCAGCGUGGCCGCCGUGCGGGAGGUUUGUGAAGAGGCUGGAGUGAAAGGGACGUUAGGAAGAUUAGUGGGAAUUUUUGAGAAUCGGGACAGGAAACACAGAACGUACGUUUACGUCCUUAUCGUCACGGAAGUGUUGGAAGACUGGGAGGACUCGGUCAAUAUUGGAAGGAAAAGGGAAUGGUUUAAGAUAGAAGAUGCCAUAAAAGUUCUGCAGUAUCAUAAACCAGUGCAGGCCUCGUAUUUUGAAACCUUGAGGCAAGGUUGCUUGGCAAACAACGGCACUCCUGUCAUGACCACGACGUACUCUGAGAGCUCUGUGUCUGACAUCAGAUGACUGAAGACGUCCCUAUGAGAGAAAUUCUGAAAAAUAGACUGAAACAUGGAUUUCCCUCCCCUCUCCCUUUUUUCAUAUGCCUCCUCUAUCAAACAAGAAUGGGCAGCAGCCUGUGGCAGAGCAAGUGUUGAGAGUGCUGCAAUGUUAGUGCAAGGUGGGAUUUUUUUUUUUUUUUUUUUUUUUUUUUUUUUUUUUUUUUUGGAUAUGUAUUUUGUAAAAUACAUUUUGUGCAUGAAGUGCCCCUUUCCCGUUCCGCCGCUCCCACGGCCCGGAGAGCGAGGCUGCCCGUUCCGCCUCUGCCUUGUGUUCCGAGUGUCCCGUUCGUGUCAUCCCAGCCAUAGCCACUUUUUUUUUUUUUUUUUAAAUUAAAAGACUUCAAAUGUGAGAUCAGCUCUCUAAGUCUUAGUCUGUACUGUAAGGUGCUGUUGAGACCUGUGUGUUGGUCACAUUCAGCGCAUAUGUAUAAACUUUUUUUUUUUUAGAUGGAGAAUCUAACAAUUUUGCAGGAAUUUUUUUAAUCCUGGUCUGCUUCUGAAAAGGAUUCAUAAUUAAUCUGUUUGCCUUUUUCUUAUUUUUUUUAAUACACGUUCUGUGACAGUGCUAGUGGCUGGGCAGGUUUACUCCCCUUUCAAUAUCUCCCAGUUUAGUGCAGUGACACUUGAAGUCGAGGGCAGAGUUUUGAUCACCUGCAGACAUCCCUGCUGCUCAGAUGCUUUUCCUACAGCUUCCGCCAAUGUUUCUGCUUUUACAUCAAAACAAAAAGAAUUGGUCUUUUUCACUUGGCCAAAAACAAAUAGCCUCAGAUGUGCUAUGAUAGAAACUGAAUUUCAUUGUGGUAGGAAUCAGGGAUUCAGAGUGGGGUCGAAGUCUGGCAAACUGGAGCGUCAAUCACCAACGCUGACCGCUGAUCCUGCUGCGUUCUGCUGGUGUCUCUCCUUGUCCAAUGCCUUACACCGUGCUGAACUGGAUAUUGUGACUUGUGCUAAAGCAUCGGGUUGGACUCGCCGAGUGUUAGUGCACC